UAGGACGCAGCGGGCGGAUAGAAGACAAAGAAGAAGGCAGGAGAAAGUCAGCCUGCACGCACAACACGUGUAGUCACAAAUAGGCUUGAAUAAAACAAACAAAGGGAUAAAAAUAACAGAGGUAAACUCACCAGCACAUUGUUAUCCACCCCUCUGUCUGUGUAGCUGCCGGAUCUCCUAUGAAUACUAUGAAGUACAUCCUGGUCACUGGUGGUGUCAUUUCGGGCAUUGGUAAGGGCAUCAUUGCCAGCAGCGUAGGGACCCUCCUCAAGUCGUGCGGCCUUCAUGUCACGGCCAUUAAAAUCGACCCCUAUAUCAACAUCGACGCUGGCACCUUUUCACCGUACGAGCACGGUGAGGUGUUCGUCCUCGAUGAUGGCGGAGAGGUGGAUCUGGAUUUGGGCAACUACGAGCGUUUCCUGGACAUCCGUCUGACGAGAGACAACAACCUGACCACUGGCAAGAUCUACCAGUCGGUCAUCAACAAGGAGAGAAGAGGAGACUACUUGGGAAAAACUGUGCAAGUGGUCCCACACAUCACAGACGCCAUCCAGGAGUGGGUAAUGAGCCAAGCCAAGAUCUCUGUUGACGAUGACGGCGUGGAGCCUCAAGUUUGUGUCAUAGAGUUAGGGGGCACGGUGGGGGACAUCGAGAGCAUGCCAUUCAUCGAGGCCUUCAGACAAUUUCAGUUCAAAGUGAAAAAGGAGAACUUCUGCAAUAUCCACGUCAGCCUUGUUCCACAGCCCAACACAACAGGAGAGCAGAAGACUAAGCCGACCCAAAACAGCGUGCGGGAGCUGCGGGGUCUCGGACUGUCUCCAGAUUUGGUCAUGUGCCGCUGUACAACGCCCUUAGAAACUGCAGUAAAGGAAAAGAUCUCAAUGUUUUGUCACGUGGAGCCCACACAGGUGAUCUGUGUCCAUGAUGUGCCUUCAGUUUACAGAGUUCCUCUGCUGCUGGAGGAACAAGGCAUCGUCGGCUACUUCUGCCAGAGAUUAAACCUUGCUAUUGAGAUGAGGCCCAGGAAGAUGCUCUCCAAGUGGAAGGAGAUGGCUGACAGAUCCGACCGUCUCCUGGAGCACGUUUCCAUAGCCCUGGUGGGCAAGUACACGAAGCUGUCAGACUCCUACACCUCUGUCAUCAAGGCCCUGGAGCACUCGUCCCUCGCCAUCAGUCACAAGCUAGUGGUCAAGUACAUAGACUCGGCCGACCUGGAGCCCGGUACAUUGCAGGACGAGCCGGUGAAAUAUCACGAAGCCUGGCAAAAACUCUGCAGUGCUGACGGCGUGUUGGUGCCAGGAGGAUUUGGGGUGAGAGGUACAGAAGGCAAGAUGCUGGCUAUAAACUGGGCAAGAAAACAGAAUAAGCCUUUCCUAGGUGUUUGUUUGGGCAUGCAGCUUGCCGUGUGCGAAUUCGCCCGCAAUGUUCUUGGCUGGGAAGACGCCAACUCGACAGAGUUCAACCCCGACUCCAAAUACCCAGUGGUGAUUGACAUGCCAGAGCACAAUCCAGGACAAAUGGGAGGCACAAUGAGACUGGGGAAGAGAAGGACCCUCAUCAAAUCCAAAACAUGUGCUCUCAGAAAACUCUAUGGCGACGUGGACUAUGUUGAUGAGAGGCACAGACACAGAUUUGAGGUCAAUCCAGAGCUCAAACACCAUUUUGAGGAGAGAGGUCUUCAGUUUGUUGGCCAGGAUGUGGAAGGAGAGCGGAUGGAGAUUAUUGAGUUGAAAGACCAUUGUUACUUUGUCGGCGUGCAGUAUCAUCCCGAGUUCACCUCCAGGCCCAUCAAGCCUUCUCCGCCCUACUUUGGCCUCCUCCUGGCCUCCGCCGGGAAGCUUCAAAGCUACCUGGCCAAGGGAUGCCGUCUGUCUCCACGGGACACGUACAGCGACCGCAGCGGGGGCAGCUCUCCUGAGGUGGACAUCGCCGAGCUCAAGUUCCCCUCCUCCUAGUGAGCCUUAGACGCUGUGCCGCUGAAAACCAGCUGUCAGACUAAUGGGUAAAAAAACACGUCUAGAGUGGAUUAUUUAUAUUGUUCGUAUAUUCCGCCUUCAGUGAAUGUGUAAAAGCUUCAAGGGACUUCUAUAAAUAAAGUGGUGGGAAUUUAGGGAAAUAGAGUAUGAACACAAGAAGGGUUUUAACACGGGGGUUCAAAAGCGACUAUUCCUUAUUUAGUUUUGUUGCAACUUUGUAAUAAAUGAACUAUUUUUGCAGAAGCACCAGUGCCGGUUUUAACGAGGUCCUGUAAGAGUCUAUGCAGUUAUUGGUGCUCCACAGUCUUGUGUUUCAGGUGGGACUCUUUGGGCACCUCACAAUUCCAUUAUAUCAAUUAUUUAUGCAGCUUUAAUUAUUAUAUUGUAUAUUAUUAUAUACAGUGGGGUCUGUGUUAUUUUUUGCCUCAUCACUCACUCAAUGCGUGCGUGAAGAUUGCACUACCGACCCUAUAAGUACGAAAGCGAAAGAGAUGAUACAGUAUUAUCUGCUCACAUAUUCAAACCUGGUGGUCGUUUGAGCACACUGCACCUAGUCCUGGAUAGUACCACUCCCCAAUGCUUCAGCCAAAUGCAGAAUUCUCACAGGAAUGAGGCAAAAGUACAACUUUUAUCUACUGUAUUAUUAUUAUAUAUUAUGAAUGUGUUAUCGCUCAUGAUUAAUGUUUAUAAAAGGCUCCUACUUUG